AUGCGGUCUGCUCUUUUUAUACUAAUACCAUUAUUAACUUGUUUACCAUUUUUGGUGUUAGCACAAGAUUAUUACAAAAUUCUAGGUGUCUCGAGAGGUGCUUCUGAAAAAGAUAUCAAGUCAGCCUAUAGACAACUCUCUAAAAAAUAUCAUCCAGAUAAAAACCCUAAUGAUGAAAAAGCCCAUAACCAAUUCAUUGAAAUCGGUGAAGCCUAUGAAGUAUUGAGCGAUCCAGAAAGACGUAAGAUCUUUGAUCAAUUCGGUGCUGAAGGUGUAAAGAAUGGUGCUGGUGGUGCUGGUGGCGGACCCGGUGGCCAACCUUUCCAUGACCCAUUCGAUAUAUUUGAAAAGAUGUUCCAUGGCCAAGAAGGUGGGAAUCCAUUUGGUGGUGCAAGAGGUGGGAAACAACGUGGACAAAACAUGGUUGCUCGUGAACAAAUAUCAUUAAAACAUUAUUAUUCUGGUAGCGAGAUUGAUUUUACUUUUUCAAUGAACGAUUUCUGUGAUUUCUGUCAUGGUAGUGGAUCACAAGACGGGAAGGUUACUAAAUGUAAAACUUGUCAAGGUCGUGGUGUUACUAUUCAGGUGAUCCAAAUGGGGUUUAUGUCACAACAAAUUCAACAAGUGUGUCCACAUUGUGGUGGUACCGGUGAAGUUGUGAAGAAUGCAUGUAAGACAUGCCAUGGACAUAAAGUGAUGAAAAAGAACAAGCCAUUCCAUGUUAGUGUCCCAGCAGGGGCACCAAGGAAGUACGUUACUGUGAAAAAGGGUGAAGCAGAGAAAAGCCCUGAUUUUGAAGCAGGUGAUUUAAUAUUUGAAUUCAAUGAAAAAUCUGUGGAUAAUAUGGGUUAUAGGAGACGUGGUGAUGACUUAUAUAGAACCGAAGUGAUCUCUAUAGAAGAAGCUUUGAAGGGUAAUUGGGAAAGAAAGAUAGCGUUCUUAGAUGAGAAAAAGACCGUUGUAUUAAAACGUAAAGCAAAUGAAAUUAUACAUAAUGGUGAAACUGAAAGAAUUAAAGGAUUCGGUAUGCCAUUAUUAAGCAAGAAGGGCCAAUUUGGUGAUUUACUAGUGGAGUAUAUUGUUUUAAUACCCCAAACACUUAAAAAUUCUAGGAUAAAAGAUGAAUUAUGA